CGCAUCUGCCCGUAUUCCGUCGCACCUGCAAUCCUGCCACAAGAAUCCCGUAACGUUGCCGAAUCUCUUCCUCUUUCACCGCAAGCCCAGAUGGAUCGUUCCAUAUCCGGCUCGUCAUUUCCAAGAGGAAGACACUCUCUUGCUCGGCGCGCCUGUGGGUAAUUACGCCUUCCUUUCUUUAUCCUUUGUCCUAGUCCCCACGGAGAGCCUUGGGUACCUUCCGAAGAUGAAUGUUAACGCCUACGACAGAUUUUGCUCACGCCGGAAAAUCCGGUGCUCUCGGGAUCUCCCAGAGUGUUCCACCUGCAAGGUGCACAAGCAAACCUGCUCGUAUACCAAAUCAACUGCUUCAGACUCCAAUGCAUUAAGAGCCGUCUCGUCAUCAUCUCCGGCUGCUCACGAACCCAAUCUCGUGCCAGACCACGACGAGAAAGCCCUGGCUACCAUCCGCUUCCUGGACCAUGAAUUGUUUCUUCGCAGUCUUAGAGGGGCAACUCCAUCCCUCCGAGUGGCGGUCUGCGUCCCUGGCUAUGUAAAACAACUCGUUCUGGAGGGCAGUUUGUCUCAGAGAAUCAUGACAAGCUACUAUCAGUCCGUACACCAAUGGCUCCCUAUUGUGUCCAAGAAGAAGGUGUACGAGCGGCUGCUCAACCCGCUGCUGCCCGCUCGGGUAGAUUCGGCAUUUUUGCUCCUUUGUAUGAGUCUUCUGACAUCCUCUUGCACCGGGAUCCAAGAUCCAGAUGUUCUCCCCGAAUAUUGUGCUGCUAUUAAAUACUGCACUGAAAUCCAGCGUAGUGGACUCAUAACGCCUGAGGUUUUGCAGGGUUGCAUUCUCCUGUCCGUUUACGAAUGGGGUCAUGCCAUAUACCCAGCUGCAGACCUGUCGAUCAGCAUGUGCCUUCGAUAUGCUCUAUCUCUAGAGAUGGGUUGGGAAGUUGCCCGAGGGGGAGGGGCGAAGAGCAUGUGGGCAGAUGGAGAAGAGGAGAGAAGAACAUGGUGGGCUGUAUACAUUCUCGAAAGAAUCGCGGGGCUAGGAAGGCCGCGACAAAUCAUGUUGGUCCCGGAAGCCGAGAUGUCUGCAAUACUCCCUUGCCACGACAAUGACUGGGAAGACCAGAAAACGCCUGAGGCGUAUUACACGCUGUCGUCUCCGCCGGAAUCCCUGGGGCGGUACGCCAGCACCGUACAAGCCUGCUACUUGCUCAGCUGUGUAUAUCGUCACACAUCAGAUACAUCUAUAUCCGUCAGCUCCCGACCGAGCGAACUUGAUCAGCUUGACAAAACUUUAAGUGCCUUAAUCCAAUACUCUGCUGAGACACAGACUGGAGGUAUAUACUCCAUACUGUGUUACCAAACCGCUGUCUCGUUUUGGUCAGUGAGCCUGGCCCGAGUGCCUUAGGUCCUUUCCCUUUAAGAAGGCCUUUUUUAUCUUUCCUUUUGUAUCGCU